AUGGAACUCUGGGCCGUGGAGGGCGUCGCCCACUGCAUCCUGCGCUGCUUGGACGUAUCAACGAUCGAUACCGUGUUGCACGUCAUCCAAGCGGUUCCAGAGCUGCACGGAUAUCUGCAGGACGGCGCUCUGUGGACCCAACUCUCUCAACUUCAUUUCGGUGGUCGUCGCGACGCACGACUGCAAGUACAAGGGAUUCUAUCACCCCAAAACCAAGCGCCAAUAUGCGUCGAGCUUCAACUCUUUCUACAGUCGCGGGGCGACCGACGCCGCUUUCACGAAACCGUGACUGUCGUGGAAGGCGACCUCCAGCACGUUUCCGACAUCGACGGCGCUCCGUUGGACGCCAUCGUGUUCCCCACCAACCCCCAUCUGACCAACCACCACGUGGGGGCGGCUGCCGCCGUGUUCCGGCGAGCGGGUCCUGGUCUUGAGGAGUUCGUGCACGACUCCUUAUUUCGAGGCGCUCGGCCGGUCGCCUCAGCUGUGGUCACACCUGCCUUUGAUGCGGGCGUGGACAAACUCAUCCACUGCGUUGGACCCAGCAUCAUGAUGCAGGAGUGCUACGAGCUGCUGGGCGCCACGUACGAGAAUGCUCUUAACGCGGUGCUGCGCGAAAAUCUGCACUGCGUUGCCAUGGCGUCGGUGUCCACAGGUAGUCUCGGGGUCUCGGCGAUGAUAGGAGGGCGAGUGGCCCUGCGCACGAUCCAGAAGUUCCUGGUGGGAAGCGACUGGCAGGGGAAGAUUGCCAUUGUGUGCAAGGAGAAGCGCGUCCUGCAGGCUUUCAAGGAGGGGAAGGAGGCAGUGCUAAAGUGCUUCAACGUGCUCCCGCCGCUACCUGGUCGAUUGAAGUGUUUUGUACAUGUUUUCGAAGAGUAG